GCCAUGGCUCAGUCUGCAGAGAAACGUGCGUGGAUAUCUUUGGUGUGGUACGGAUCGUGUCUUGAGUCUAGUAUCUAUCAGUGGUGUGUGCGUGGGUGGGUGGAAAAUGCAUUUUCCUGCUUUUGAUGACUUCUAUCAGCGACUUCUGUUUCUGCUGCCAUUUGCCACAAAUUUUGGUAUUCCAGAGCGCAGCUUCACAUACAAUGCACCCCAUGAGUGGAAGGACACGUUUCCCCAGUGUGGCGGCGCAGAGCAGUCACCGAUUGCCAUCAGUAGGCACAAGGUGAUACCCAUUGGCCUGCCUCCCUUGCAUUUCUUUCGAUACGACGAGCCCUUCGAUCAGCUCUUGAGCGUACACAACAAUGGACACACAGUUCAUUUUUCCGUACCUACGACUGUGUUUGGGGAGCGUCCCAGUGUGACUGGCGGUUUGCUGCAGGACUUUUACGAGGCCCGGGACGUACACUUCCACUGGGGCUCGCAGCAGAGCAAGGGUUCGGAGCAUUUGCUCAAUGGCCGGCGCUACGAUCUGGAAAUGCAUAUUGUGCAUCGCAACACCAAGUACAUCAGCGAUGAGGAGGCGCGCAACAACACCGACGGUCUGGCUGUGCUGGCAGUGCUCUUCAAGGUGGUGCGGACAGGACCCACCUUCUACCAGCCAGGACUCAAUGAGAUAUUUGGUUCGCUGCUGCACCUGGGCGACUUCAACAGCACCUAUGCACCUCCAGUUCUGAUCACACUCGAAUCGCUCUUGAGCAAUCUGGAUCGGGGCAACUUUUACAGCUACAAGGGUUCGCUGACGACGCCGCCCUGCUCCCCCGCCGUGCUGUGGCACGUGUUUGCCGAGGUGCUGCCCAUCUCCUACCAGGAUCUGCCAAAAUUCUGGCAGCUACGCAACCGCCAAGGCCGACCAUUGCUCAACAAUUUCCGGCCACUGCAGUCGCAGGAGACGCGACAAAUCUUCCAUCGACGGCCAGCGGAUCAGCAGCUGCUCUGGUUAUAGCUAAAAUAAUUAAAGAUAAUUG